AUGGAAGCCCAGGAGAUCGCCGCGGCAGCGCGCCACUUCUCCGCCAUGGUUCGAAUCGUCGGUCCGGUUAGUCUGCGACUUCGCACCAUCACCAGCUCAACUCCUCCGAAUUAUCUCGCUAACCGCUGUGCUUCUCCCCUUCUCCGGCGUCUCCGCUUCCAGGACCCCAAGGCCGUGAAGAUGCGCCGCCACGCCUUCCACCUCCACCAUUCGGGGUCCACCACGCUCUCGGCGUCGGCUCUGCUCUUGCCGCGGGGCGCCCUGGCUGAGCCGCCGCCACUUCUCGACCAUAUCUGCGCGGCCCACGGGCACGCGGCAGGAGACGUCGCGCUCACGGCUGCUUCCCUCGUCGAGCCGUUCCUGGUCGCGGAGCAGCGCAAUAACUCCGGCGAGGAGCUUCAGCCGAGGUUGGUUCCGGAGGUGCGUCUUGAUGUGCUUGUUGAGCAUGAGUUGGGGAAUGCUCAAGAUGGGAAGUCUGGACCUCCACGGUGCCUUCCAGCUCGAUUGCUUGCCAUGGUUGAUGUCCCGACAGCUGCUGAUUCUGCUUUAUCCUUACUGAGGCAUGAAGAGUUCAUCAGAAGACCAACAUGGGAUGUAGGCUGGUCAUUGGCCGAUGCUAAUCAGAAACAGGUUGAAAAUGAUACCAGAUCUUCCCUCGAGUCUAACAGGAAUAAUGCAUCUAUUGAGUCAGUAGACCCAUUGAUGUUGUCCAAGUCUGCCACAAGAAUUGCUAUUCUAGGAAUUCCAACCUUCAACUCAAAUGAUGCAAGACGUAUCAAUGUUUCAGUGAUGCAACAACGAGGGGACCCUUUGCUUAUUGUAGGAUCUCCAUUUGGCCUCAUGUCACCCUUCCAUUUCUUCAACAGUAUAUCAGUUGGUGCUGUUGCGAAUUGCCUUCCUCCAUGCACUGCGAGGAACUCAUUGCUGAUGGCCGACAUCUACUGUCUCCCUGGCAUGGAAGGCGCUCCAGUGUUUGACAAAAAUUCUUGCCUUGUGGGGCUGCUGAUGAACCCAUUAAGACAGAAAGGCAGCAAUAUAGAAGUUCAGCUCGUGAUUACAUGGGAUGCAAUAUGCACGGAAUGGAACAGCAAAAAACUGGAGGAAAUUGGACGUGCCCCAAGAGAACUACCUAAUGACAAAAAUACGGAUAGUAAAUCUAUGGAAUUACGGCAUGCAUACAACUAUGGGAGGUUUGUCUCUUCUACGGUCAACAAAAUUAAUCAGCAUUGCAUAUCACCCCCUUCGCUCAGAGAGGCUAUAUCUGCAGUUGUUCUUGUCACGGUUGGUGAUACAUCUUGGGCUUCAGGGAUUGUUCUGAACAAAAGGGGUUUAGUUCUGACAAAUGCUCAUCUCUUGGAACCUUGGAGAUUUGGGAGAACUUCACCCUCAGAUUUACAAGCCUCAUUCACUGGAGAACAUCUCAAUGCUGGAGAAAACAAAUCAUUGCGGCCACAAGGCAAAUUUUCCAAUGAAGAUGCUGUCAAGCAUAACGUUUCAUUGUUUAACUUGGGUUUCAAAAGAGAGAAGAGAAUAUCUGUUCGUUUGGACCAUGCAGAGAGACAGAUAUGGUGCAAUGCUAGCGUGGUUUUCAUCUCAAAGGGUCCACUUGAUGUUGCAUUGCUUCAAAUAGAUAAGGUUCCAAUUGAAUUAAAUACAAUCAGACCAGAAUUUGUUUGCCCAACAGCAGGGUCAUCUGUUUAUGUUGUUGGGCAUGGCCUUUUUGGACCCCGAUCAGGCCUAUCCUCUUCUCUAUCCUCGGGGGUUGUGUCAAAGGUUGUCCAAAUCCCAUCAAAUCAACUCUCUCAUCUGGCGAGUGCUCUGGAAACUGACAAUAUGGACAUACCAGUAAUGCUGCAGACAACAGCAGCAGUUCAUCCAGGGGCCAGUGGCGGCGUUCUUGUUAAUUCACAUGGGCAAAUGGUUGGGAUAAUAACAAGUAAUGCUAAGCAUGGUGGUGGAAGCACAAUACCUCAUCUGAAUUUCAGCAUCCCCUGCAAAUUACUGGUUGCGGUCUUCAAGUAUUCAGCAAUUGGAAAGCUCGCAAUUUUGGAGCAGUUGGACAAACCAAAUGAAGUGCUCUCAUCAGUUUGGGCGUUGGCACCAUCAUCAUCCCCAUUUGUCAGUAGCUCCCCAGAAAAAGGCAAAGAGGAAAAGGUCUUGGAGUUCUCUAAGUUUCUUAGUGAUAAGCAACAAGCUCUGAAAUCUAGUGUAGAUCUGAAGGAACUCUUUCGGUAA